AUGAGUUACUACUGCGGAUACAGCCCGGGGUCGUACAUUUUUCGUUUCGAAAACCCGCGGCAAUCCGAAAACACAUUCGAAAUCUCAGACCUGGUGCAGCAAGAAUCCGGGAGCUUGGGGCCGCGACAGCAGCAAUACUUUCAGCAACUUUUGGACGUUCAGAAAGAACAGUGGAGGGAGUGGAAUGAGUGGAAUGACGCUGAGCUGAAGAUAGAAAAGCAAGAAUACUCUCGGCUACUUUCGGACGCCCGGAGCGGACAGUGGAACUUUGUUCGCUUUGGCGACAAGAGACGUCACGAUCUCGAGACCAGGGUGCUUGAGCAUAGGCCGGAACGAGAUCGAAAGAACUUUACAUACUGCGGCUUUGUCCCACGCCACCUGAAGGAGCACAUGGCCCGCCUCAAGGAAAUACACCGACGCGUGCUUCACAUCAUCGUUGCCACGUUGACCUUUGUCGAAUGGCCUGCCAGCGCUGGCAACCCGGACUCGGUAGCCAACAUAGGUCCUCGCAUGAACGAGAUUACUCCAUCAGAUCUCCGCCUCAUUAGUUGGUACUGGGAUCUUCAUUUCCCCAAGAAUCAGCCGUUUCCAGAAGAUCUUCGCAACGUGUUCCGCGAGAGCCUAGUCAUGACCGAGUUUGCGGAUCUGAUGGCCAUGAUGCCUUUCCAGAUAGCACCAGGUCUGGUCCAGCUGUUCGCGAUGGUUCUCCAAGCCACAGACAUGACAAUGGAGGAGAUGGUGGUCUUGGAGGCGAUGCGACAGGCCGAGACCGGGCUCAAUCUCCUGCUGAGCGACUUCAAAGAGGAUAGAUUUUUUGUUUUCCAGGAUGCGAGAAUUCGUGCUGAUAACAUCUUGGAGCUGCACCACCACUUUGCCCAGGAGAGCUUCACCAUCGACCCGAACCAUCCACGGCGGCAGUACAAUACGACUGCCGAUCCUGAUCUUGCCGAAAAAGUACAAAAGGACUGCGCUGUUUUACGUUCUAUCAAUCAGGAUUGGGAAAAAGACCUCCAACACUCGUCCCUCGUCGAAAACGCUGUUCGACAAGCGCAGUCUCGCAAGCGACCGUUGGACCGCGACCAAGACGUUGCUCAAGAAACACAGCCUCGCACACGGCUUUUUAAACCGUCGGCCUGCACUCAAGACGCUGCUCCAGAAACACAGCCUUGCAGCUGGCCCUUUGCAUCGCUGAGCCGCGCCCGAGACGCUACUCUAGAAACACGGCCUCGCAACCGACUUUUUGCAUCGUUGGCCUGCGCCCAAGUCGCUGCUCAAGUAACACAGCCUCGCAACCGAACUUUUAAAUCGUUGGUCUGCGCCAACGGACUUUUUGAGAGUGACCCAGACGCUGAGUAUCCGGAGACCAUCGACCCCAAAGUGCUGCGCUUCGAUCCGCUACUAUCGCAAAACGACUGCGCUAAGCCUAAGCGUCCACGUGGAAGACCGCCGGGGAGAAAGAACGAUAAAACCAUAGCACGGGAAAAUAAGGCCAGGGAAAAGCUUGAGGCCGAAGAUAGCGAUACUUCAACACAGUGA